GUAAAACGCUUUGUAAAUGACGUGUAUAAACGGUGCUUGUAACACGGAAAUGCCGACACCCUGUCACAAUAAUGGCUGGCUUGGCCGCUCGUAGACCUGUUACAAUAUGAACUUGGAGGAAUAAAGCUCGAAUCCGUUGAGCAAAUGGCCACUGGAGACUGCCCUGUUGCGAAGGAGCCCAAGUAUGAGCCUAUUGGCCUGCUGGGCUCUGGCUCCUUUGGCUCCGUCGUGCUGUGUCGACGUACCUCUCCAGAGGACGACGAUGGCCCCCGCAUUGUUGCGGUGAAGGCAGCAAGGAUACAUAAAGAUCGCUUGGGCGUAAAACUGGCGCUACGAGAGGCCAAGAUCCUAGGCGCUUGCAGCCACCCUACUAUUGUGAAGAUGCUAGAUGCUUUUCACAGUCCUAGCGGCAGGCCAUACAUCGUUAUGGAGUACAUAGGACCCUGCGCUCAAACCUUCCUCGGCUCACACCCUCGCGGCUUUCCACCCGGGCUCCUGAAGCUCGUGGCCUGGCAGAUGUGCCUGGCUCUCCGGUACCUGCACGCCGUUCAGAUCAUCCACCGCGACAUCAAACCCGCCAACAUACUGCUCGGAGGCCACGGUGUCGUCAAACUCUGUGACUUUGGCCUCGCUCGCUUCCUUCACAUCACCCGCACCCGCGCCAACAGCAGCUUGGCCGCACCGGGGCAUCAGGCCCCCAUGGAGCCCCAACAGCAGCAGCAAGAGCAGCAGCAGCAGCAACCUCAGUCGGCAUUUAAGAACGGCCGUCGCCACAGCCACCACCACCACCCCACUGCCGCGGCAGCAACGGCGACCCAUGGGUCGAGGCUAACACCGUAUGAGGCCGUGUUGACGCGUUACAUCAUCACACGAUGGUACCGGCCUCCUGAGGUGCUGCUGGGGUUGCCGUACGGCACCAUGGCAGACAUCUUUUCCCUGGGCUGUACGCUGGCGGAGCUUGCGGUCGGCUCGCCGCUCUUCCCCGGCUCCUCCUCGCUCAAUCAGCUCUGGCGACUCACGCGGUGCCUGGGGCCCCUGCCUCCCCACAUGACCGCUGCAAUGGCGGCUAACAAGAGCCUUGCGAUAGGUCUGGUAGACAGCACCCGCUACGGAGGCCGCAGCCUCAGGGAGAGGCUGGCUGGCUGCUGCGACGGCAGCGGCGGUUAUCUGUGCUACGGCAAGAAGCGAAGCAGCUACAGGCGAGCCAGCACCAGCGGCGUAGGUGCGAGCAAUAUGGAUCGGUCGGAUCCACCGGAGGGGAUGCUGGAUCCAAAGCUGCUACAGCUGAUUGAGGCAUGUUUACAGCUGGAUCCAAGUCAACGCAAUACGGCCGAUGAGUUGCUACGGUUGCCGUACUUUGAGGACCUGCCGCUGCUCCUGGCAGGGUCCUCUGCGACGCCCCAACUUCAGCAGCUGUACGAAGCAGAGAUGACGGUGCCGGCGGCGGCGACGGUUGGUACGACGUACCAGGGCAGCAGUUCGUACGGCGUAACUCGUACGACAACACCAACGGUGAUGGAGGCAGGGCCCUCUUCGCAAUCUGCGCUGUCCUCUGCAGCCCUACCCACAGCCGCAGCGGCGGCAGCUGCGGCGGCGGCAGCAUGCAGGGCCCCUGGUAAGGCUGCACGACCACCCUCGCGGUUGCCCUCCGCCCCGUUUACGUCAGUCACACCUUCCUCGACGCAAGCGCCAUGUUCGGCGGAGGUCACGGCUACCAAGGUUCAUUGCAAUGAUGCCGCUGCAGCUGGCGGCGGCGGUAACACCGAUCACCCCGAAACCGUACCACGCAUGCAGAGGUGUGAUACGAAAGGAAGCGACUUGCCGUGCGAAGCCCAACAAGCAGUACGACAGGCUGGCGUGCAGCAGACUUGGCAGGAGGCGGUGGCGGCGGCUGCUGCUUCGGCGCUGCUGAGGUGGCGCAGGAGCGCAACGGAGUCGGGUUGCUUGUCUACUGACACGGCUGCAGGUGCUGGCUCCGCCCGUGUCCCGACAUCUCCGGAUGCUAGGGCUGCGGCUGCUGCUCCUGCGCUGGCAGCGACGGAGGCAGGGGCACAGGCAGGGGCGGCGACCUGUAAGGAAGCGGCGGUUGGGCUGAACCGAGGUGCCACAGUCAUUACCGCAAGCGAUUGGCGUCACCAGAAAAGCGGCGUCGGCGCACGUAGGGGCGUGUUGGAGCGAGGCGACCCUUCGCACAUCUCCGCUCCAAUCCGGCCGCUGUCCGCAGGCGCACCGAAUGCUGCCCGCACCUUCCAUCCCACAGUCUCUGAUUCCUUCAUGUCCCCGGCUGCAUCGGAGGCGGCGGGGACGCAGCCGGCCCCGCUGCAAAAGCAGGUCACGGCAGGUGACGCCUCGGGACUGCUGUUGCUGAUGGUUGGCGAGGAGGAGGGGGACGCGAUGCUGCGCGCAUUGGAGCGUGGGGGGGAAGAGGACGACGAGGAGCGACUGGUACGAAGGAAAGGGACUGCCGCCGCGGUUGGUGAAAAGGGGCAUCAGUUCAUGGCCGAUGUUUACAAUCCCGUUGACGUCGAUGGCGGAGACGACAGGGAUGGCUGCGGCGGCGGUGACGGCGGCGGCGGCGGCGGUGACGUCAGCAACCGAGGCGAGGUGAGGCGCAGGGCCGCCCGCAGGAGUGCUGCCAUGCACAGUUCAGCCACCUCGCUGCACGGCCCCAACGGCCUCAUGCCUGGGCUGAUGGCGGGGUGUCCGGCGGGGCUGAUGCCACCGCAUGCGGGCGGUAUGGUGCUGCUGGCAACGCAGUCGGUAACACUGGUGGGCCCGUCUGGAAACGUGCCGUUCGUGCGGUCCUCCCUGCCUCCUUCACUGCCGCUGCCGGUGCCACCCGCCGGGUCGCAAGUGGCAGCUACAGCAGCAGCAGUAGCAGCAGCGGUGCCCAUGCAGGGGAACCCAGCAGGGGAAGCUGGGCCGGGAGGAGCGGCGGGGCCGUGUGGAGGGAGUAGGAAGGUGGACAGUGGUGGGAGCUGUUGGGUUGAGGGGUUUGGCUGUUUUG